AUGGGAAAGAAAUCUUCAACUCCCACUUCUGGAUCAAUAUUUAAUCCAAAACACUACUUGAAGAAACCCCAACAACUUGUUCUUGUCAUCUUUGGAUUUGUCUCUCUUGUUUUGCUUGUUUCUGACCGUCAAUCUCUUACCAGAGAUCACCACGAAGUGGUUUUGAGAUUGAAUAAUGAAUUGAAACAGCUAAAGCUUCAGCUUGAAGAUUUGAAGGUCAGGGAUAAAGGGUCGACAGGUUUAGACAUUUCAAGCAUCAGUAAAGAUGGCGAUGAUCCUGUUAGUUUUGAAAGAAGAGAGAAAGUUAAAGAAGCUAUGCUUCAUGCGUGGAAUUCUUAUGAGAAGUAUGCUUGGGGCCAGGAUGAACUUCAGCCACAAACAAAGAAUGGUGCUGACAGCUUUGGUGGUAUUGGAGCAACUCUGAUAGAUUCUCUUGAUACACUAUAUAUAAUGGGUCUUCAUGAGCAGUUUCAGAGAGCUAGAGAGUGGGUUGCACACUCAUUGGAUUUCAACAAGGAUUAUGAGGCUAGUGUGUUUGAGACAACCAUAAGAGUUGUAGGAGGGCUUCUCAGUGCUUUUGAUCUUUCUGGCGACAAAGUUUUUCUUGAAAAGGCUAAAGAUAUUGCAGAUAGAUUGCUGCCAGCAUGGAAUACACCUACAGGAAUUCCCUAUAAUAUGAUUAAUUUAGUGCACGGAAAUGCCCACAACCAUAGGUGGGCUGGGGUAAUUUCCCUCCCGGAUUAUUCGUUACUUUGUAAUCUGUUCACGGAAUGCACUGAGAAGCCUGCUAAGUCCAUCCUGGCAGAUUCUGGGACAGAGCAGCUUGAAUUCAUUGCUUUAUCUCAAAGAACAAAAGACCCAAAAUACCUGGAUAAGGUAGAGAAAGUCAUAGAAGAGCUUCGGAAAACCCUUCCAGUUGAUGGUUUACUUCCCAUAUAUAUUAAUCCUCACUCUGGAACAGCUGCAUACUCACCGAUAACAUUUGGUGCCAUGGGGGAUAGUUUUUAUGAGUAUUUACUAAAGGUCUGGGUACAAGGGAACAAAACAGAAGCUGUAAAGCACUACAGGGAAAUGUGGGAGACUUCAAUGAAAGGUCUCCAAAGCUUGGUUCGCAGAACAACCCCAUCUUCCUUCACAUACCUUUGUGAGAAGAAUGGAAAUUCGUUUUCUGACAAGAUGGAUGAAUUGGCAUGCUUUGCUCCUGGCAUGCUGGCUUUAGGAUCUAAAGGUUAUGGCCCUGGCGAGGCCGAAAAAGUUUUAUCACUUGCAGAAGAGAUGCAACAUGGGAAUCUAGAUGAAGUGACUGGGAAAUGCUUGGGUGUGUGUACAGUAGGUUAUUUGGCACUUGCAUGGACUUGUUAUAAUUUCUACCAGUUGACACCUACAAAAUUGGCUGGAGAGAACUAUCUCUUUCGCUCUGGACAGGACAUGAACGUUGGUACUUCAUGGAACAUUUUGAGGCCGGAGACGGUUGAGUCACUCUUUUACCUCUGGCGUUUCACUGGAAACAAGACAUACCAAGAAUGGGGCUGGAAUAUUUUUCAAGCAUUUGAAAGGAACUCCCGCAUAGAGACAGGAUAUGUCGGUCUUGCGGAUGUGAACUCAGGAAUCAAAGACAACAAGAUGCAGAGUUUCUUCCUUGCUGAGACGCUCAAGUAUCUAUACCUCCUAUUUUCUCCUCCGUCUGUUAUCUCAAUGGAUGAAUGGGUAUUUAACACUGAAGCACACCCUUUGAGAAUUGUGACUCGCGACCUUCAUCAAGUGAAGUCUCAGGCUGAGAGACAACAGAAGUUACCAACUCAUUUUCGCGGUAGAAAGGAGGGUCGACUAGGACACGUCUAG